AUGAAUGUCGGAGUCUCUGCGAAGGUCGCGGCGGAGGGCGAGGGCUCCAUGGCUACUGAGGCUGCCUACCAGUCCGGAGCUAAGUGGUUUCAGUUUCAGACUGACUACUACUUCGACCACGACGUCACCGUGGUUUUCGGCACAGGGGGCUACGACGGCGACGAGCAUUACCAGUACUCUAGUAAUGGGACCUACCGGCGCGUGCGCAGGGUGAAGAUCCUCAUGCAGUGCCGCCCGUCGGCCUGCGCGCAGGGGGCCGCCGCGCCUGGCCUCGCCCAGGGCGCCACUGCGUGCAGCCUCUGCGCGUGCGGUGCGGUCGGCCUGGGCGCUCGCUGCGUGGCGGGCGAGGCGCUCCUCGGCGCGAGGCGAGGCGUGGACGAGGGCCACUCGUUCCAGGUGCUGGCGUGGGGCGGCGACUCUGCGGAGCUGACAUCGCCCCCAGUGUUCGAGUUGAACCUCAUGGCCCACAGGGCGGGCGCGCAGUUGGCGCUGUUCUUGGCCCUCGUCGUGGUGGCGCAGCAAGCCUUGAGUGCCUUCGGCCGCCCGGUGACGUUGCUGGGCGAAGACUACCUGGCCCGCGUGUCCAUCGCCAAGAUUGCUUUCUGCAUGUUGGUGCUCUUCCGCCAGGUGGUGUGGGCGCUCCCUCCGGUGCAGCACGCGGCGCCUCCCGAGGUCUGGCGCGUGCUCGGCGCCACGCUGGUGCUGGACGCGCUGGUGCUGGCCCUCAGGCGCAUUCCUGCCGAGGAGCGCCGCGGCGGCCUGACCCUCCUCUGGCGUUUGGGCCAGGGAGCCUGCAGGUCCACAGGCGAUUUCUUGCCCUUCACCCUGAUGUUCUUGCUAUGGCUCGCCUCCGUGGCCGUGAUCGGCGCCGCCUCGCUCCUGCCGGGCCUCGCGCUCCUCUUCCGCCAGGCGCUGUUCGACAUCAAGUUCCGGCGGCAGCACAGCGGCAGCGUGCAGCUGGCCGCGCUCGCGGCGCGGCUCGCCGCGCGGCUGGCGUCCGCUGUGGCCCUCGGCCUGCCUGGCGCCACGGGCCGCGCCGCGGACAGCGCGGCCGAGGGCGGCUGGCUGCGCUGCGAUCUGAACAUCGCCGCUUGCUGGCUCGCGCUGGAGGCCAAGAUCGCCCUAGACCUCUGGGUGUCGCGCCGCGCCGCCCCGGGGCUGGGGCCCGGGGGCCGGCCCUCGCAGGUCAUGUGGGCCGUCGCGGUCCUCGGCUCCAUCGUGCUGGCGGCCAUGGACCACGGAGUGCUCCACAGCUGCUGUGGCGAGACCGGGGCGGCCGCCCACGCGCGCCCCGUUAGCGGCGUGGGGCGACCGCCGCGGGGCGGCGGGGCCCUUGCGGCGGCGGCGCAGGACGCAGCACUGGCGCUCUGCAUCGCGAGCUGCCUCAGGAUCCACGGCGCCCUGCUCGUCAGAUGGGCUGGCCGGACGCGGAGGCUGGCGCUGACGACCUACUACGACCCCAGCGGGGUGGUCUUCUGCGACGCCCCGCAACACAGGGCCGGCCAGGACGCGUUCAUGUGGUGA